GGCGUUGGCGCUUGAACCCCGGGGACCUUGGCCUUGGCCGCGCUUCGCCGGAGGACGUACCCCCCCCUCCCCCAUUCCCUCAUGCUUGGGAGCUCUCGGGCUGUAACCCCCGCCCGUCUCUCCGGGCCGGGGCCGGGAACCUUCUCUCGCGGCGCCGGGGGCGAGGGUGGGGGGGAGGGCCGGCCUCGGUUCCUGGGAGUUUGGGGAAGUGGGAAUCGAAACCAGACCGUCUGGUACUGGAAAAUCCUGACUUGUCCAUGGCUCUAGGCUCGUUUCAUUCUCCGGGGCCCGUUUUGCGCCGCCUUCCCCUCCCCCCUCCCUGCCCCUCCCCCCAGAGGAUUUUUUUUUUUCCUAGGGGCACCCACUGAGAGCCUGCCCUGGAACCCCUAUUCCCAGCCGCGGGGAACGUUGUUUGGUUUUUUUGGGGGGUGGGGUGGGGAGUCGGAUUAGGGCCAUUUUAGUUUUUAAUUUUUGCCAAAUUAAAAGUAGUGAGGCUUUAGACACUGAGGCUUUUACGCAGGCCUUGUUGCUAGCCAGCUGCGCUCUCUAUCACGUCACAAUCCCCGUUUAUUGGUCAGCCCGCCGGUUGCCUAUAAGACUCCCUCUCCCGGUUUCCCUGCUGCUGAUUUAAUUUUCAAGAUGGAGGAGGCAGCAGCAACAUUUCUUCUCUAAAGCUUUCCUCCGGCUUUUUGGGAUUACUGAAAAAAGCAAAGAAACGAUGAAAGUAUUAACAGUGAUCCAGUGAGUGAUGAAAGAAACACGAAGAUUUGGAGCUUGGAGGAAAGAGAAGCAAAGUGCAUCGAGCGUUGUGGCAAGUGAAUGAUGCUUAGGUUACCUUGACCUCUUAUUUCCAAAGGUAAUUUUUCCAUUCAUUCAUCAAAAUGGAAAACUCAGAUUCUAAUGAUAAAGGCAGUAUCGAUCCAUCUGAAGCUCAACGCCGGCGUCAGCUGGAUCGGUUGGAUCGAGAAGAGGCAUUCUACCAUUUUGUAAAUAAUCUGAGUGAAGACGAUUAUAGGCUUAUGAGGGAUAACAAUUUGCUAGGAACACCAGGUGAGAUUACGGAAGAAGAAUUAAUAAGACGACUUCAUCAGAUUAAAGAAGGUCCCCCACAACAAAACAGUGAUGACAACAGAGAAUCAGCUGACGAUGUCUCUAACAGCGAUUCCAUCAUUGACUGGCUUAAUUCAGUCCGACAGACUGGAAAUACAACAAGAAGUGGACAGAGAGGAAAUCAGUCUUGGAGAGCAGUGAGCCGGACUAAUCCAAAUAGUGGUGACUUUAGAUUCAGUUUGGAAAUAAAUGUGAACCGUAAUGGGACCCCAAAUUCAGAGAAUGAAAACGAUCCAUCUGCAGAGCCUUCCAUCGGGGAAGAUACCGAAAAUAGUAGUAACCCAAGUGACAUUGAAACACCAAGAGCUGAGUCUCCAUUUAUCAGGCCACAUGGAUCUGAAAGAAGUAUCCUUGAGGAAUUAACCGAAGAAGCUCCUCUUCCCAGAGGUCAGAGAAGGGCCCGAAGCAGGAGUCCAGAGCAACGGAGGAUCCGAGCUAGAACCGAUAGAAGUAGGUCACCUUUGAUUUCAGUAACUGAGAUUCCCCGAAGAGCCCAUCAUAAUAUCACAUCUCAGACUUUCGAACAUUCUGUGGUAAAUGAGGCUGAGGGGAGUUCUAGAACAAGGCAACAUGUGACAUUGAGACAACAUAUGAUGGGAAGUGAACUGGCCAAUGAGAAUGCAAUUUCAUUUUCAGCUUCUGAGAUGAGAAACAUCCCUCAGGCAUCAGGUUCAUCGGAGACCAGUGGGAGUAAUGAAAGUCUAGCUCCUGGUCAGAGACCUCCAACCAUAGUUCUGGAUCUUCAAGUGAGAAGAGUUCGUCCAGGGGAAUAUAGGCAGAGAGACAGUAUAGCUAGUAGGACUCGGUCAAGAUCUCAGUCAACAAAUAACACCGUCACUUAUGAAAGUGAACGUGGAGGGUUCAGGCGUACAUUUUCAAGAUCAGAAAGAGCAGGAGUAAGAACUUAUGUCAGCACUAUCAGAAUACCUAUUCGUAGAAUCUUAAAUACGGGAUUAAGUGAGACUACUUCAGUUGCAAUUCAGACAAUGUUGAGACAGAUAAUGACUGGUUUUGGUGAAUUAAGCUACUUCAUGUACAGCGAUAGUGACACAGAGUCCGGUGGUCCAUCUUUAAGUCCAACCCUUGACGAUCCAGAUCUUCAAAACCCAGGACUGGGUAGUAGCGGUAUUGGUACAUCUGGCGUUAGUGCCAGUACUAGCACUGGUGGAGGAGGUGCCAGUAGCAGUAGCAGUAGCAGCUCUAGCAUUGAAAGUUUAGAAACCAACUCUGAGUUAUACGAUGGUAGCAACGAAGGAAGCUCAUCGGGCAUUAGACGGGAAAGUCGGAAUAGGGAUAGGGAUAGAGAUAGAAAUUCGGUCACAUUUGAAGAAAGUGGCUCUUUGCCCUUCCUUAGUCUGGCUCAGUUUUUCCUCUUGAAUGAGGAGGAUGAUGACCAACCAAGAGGACUCACCAAAGAACAGAUUGACAACCUGGCCAUGCGAAAUUUUGGUGAGAGUGAUGCACUGAAAACCUGUAGUGUUUGCAUUACCGAGUACACCGAAGGCAACAAGCUUCGAAAACUGCCUUGUUCUCAUGAGUACCAUGUUCACUGCAUCGACCGUUGGUUAUCUGAAAAUUCCACUUGCCCCAUUUGUCGGAGAGCAGUCUUAACCUCUGGAAACAGAGAAAGUGUUGUCUAAAUGCGAUCUGGACUUUCAGCUCUACAGCUAAGCUGUUUUUAGUGAUGGGCAAAAGCGAAAACAGAUGCCACUUGCUUUAUGACCACCUUUUGAGUGGUGUUUAAGUGUAAUAUCCAGGAGUGCAUCUUUGCUUCCAAUAAAAUGUUCUCCCUUUCCCAACUCCUAUUCUCAAAUAAAAGCCAAUUACUUUAAACAGCAACAUUUUAGGGCCCGGAAAUCUGACUUUGAAUAUCAAUAAGUAUCUUGUUUUAUUGAACAUAAUUUUAUCCAUAAGUAUUUUUGGUUUCUCUUAAUUAUUUUAAAAACAAUGUCUUAGUGAUGGUUCCUCUCAGCUUCAUUUGGAUCUCAAAAGAUCCAGCCCCAUCCCAUCUAGGAGAGAGCUGUGUGAAGUAGAAGCCCAGGUUGGAAUUAGAUUUCAUGUGGAUUUCUUUUUUGACAUUCAAGCUCCACCAAUCUCCAGCCAUUAGUUUUUAAAUUCACCAAAAUCAAUAAUAUAAUUUGUUAUAAUUACAGAUUAGAUGGGCAUGUCAGUGUAAAUAACACUAAAGGUAGGGUCUUCUAAUUGUAUAGCUGUCUCCUAAGCCAAUCACUGGCACACACUGUAGAGUGAGCUACGAUAGUUUAAUUGGGAUAUUUAUCUUGUCGUGGAAAUCAUAAAAAUGCCUAUGCUUGUUUAAAUAAAAAAUCACUUUGGGGAGGGGGGUUAAAAAUGUAAGGCUUUUUUUUGUAGAGCUCAAUACUCUCUUUUCCAGUACAGUGUUGUAUUAAUUGAAAAUUCAAAAGCACUAUGCUUAGAUGUAAAAAAAUGACUUUUCAAAUGAGGGCCAUUAUCUGUAGAAACACACAGUGAUACAAUGCUGUAUUUGUGACAUAUGAUUGUCCAAGAACAGCUUAUCUAGAAUUAUUCCUUUAUGUGAACAGCUACAGCUACCUUGGAAUGCUGGACAAAGUUCAGAACUCAGUCCUAUAAUUGCAUUCAAGACCAAUAUAGAACAUUUAACUAUGAUGUUUGAAGCUUCAGCAGAAAGGAGAUGGGUAGGUUGGGGUAGGACAGGGGGGCAGUAGAAGGAGAGAGCUCCAGAGAGCUUUACUUGAACUUGCUGUCAGGUGUAGUAAUUCCGAUGUGCCAGUUUUACAUGGAGAGGUGGACACAGGCUUAAUGCUAUUUAGUCCAUUUGAGUAGAUGAAAGCGCUGUGUUGAAUCUUCAGCGAUUUUGAUCAAGUUUUUGUUUUCCAAACCCCACAGGGACAGAGCUGAGAUUUUCCCAACCUCUGUUAACAGGCUAAUCUGCCCCCAGAAUGAUAGUGGAGGGUGCAAGACUUUAAAAGCAUUUUCGCAGAAUUCUAGCUGCUUUACAGAUAGGUGCUCUGAAUUGGAAGAGCCUUAAGGUUUUGUCAUUUCAAGGUUUGUCCGGGCUCAGUCUUCCUUAGUCCGUUGAUUGAAAAUAUGCCAUCUUACAUUUCUUUGAAAAGUUAAGUGCUGCUCCCUGACCCCCCAAGUUCAUUGAAAGUAUUAGUGAUGUUGGGCUUCGUGUGCUAUUCUUUCCUAUAGUUGAAGUUGUUGCUCUUCCUGUUCUCCUUCCUCCACCUAUUAGUAGUAGAACCCAGGCAUACGUUUUACUUGUUUCCUUGGUAGUGGGGGAAGGGUUUGUGAUGAUGCCACUUGUGACCAAUAGAUACUCUUGAGAUCUCUGCCUUGGGGGUAGGCAAUGGAGCUUAUGGAACAGGAUUUUUGUUUUUGUUUUUUGAAGCAGAGCAAACUGGCCCAAUUGGGGGGUUGAGCCCAUGUCCUUGGCCUUGCUUAAGCAGCACUUCUGACCAACUUGGGCUGAGGAUAUUCAGAUGGACUUCAGUGUAAAUGACUGAGUCUGCUUUGGACAUUAUCUGGGUACCUUAACCAGCAUUAGCCUGGCAGUUAACCAAGAAUUUGUGCUGCUCUUGCAAUGAAGGUCCAAAAAAUCCAAACAAAGCCUCAUUAAAAAAAAAAAAGAGCAAGCAGAGGUCACUUUCAUGCUGCAUCCAUAAUGAAGUUUAUCUUUUAAAAAGUGAAAUUGGAUGUUGAAGAUCCAGAAUUCCAUUCCCUGCUGGAGCACAGCCUUUCUCUUCUGAGGAGGGUGUGCAAGCCCCUCUGCAUAUCCACAGGGGUGGCUUUCUGAUUGGCUAGAAAUAAUUUCCUCUGUGCGGAACAUUCCAUUGCAUGGGGAGGAAGUGGGAAAUGCUUAGCUUCAGAUGGCUUUGAGACCAUUGCAGCACAAUUUAGGCAUAGAAGCAGCUUUUAUUGAGGACAGGACACCUCUAGCCAUCUUCCUUUUACCUUCUAUGAUGUAUUCAUUUAGCAAGUAUUAAAGAAGCGGGUCAUCCAGAAUAGUAACACUAAUGAACAUGGAUGUGGGAGCUGUUCUCCAUAGGCACUGGAAACAGUUUGAGUUAUUUUGCGGUAGAAUGCACACGAUGCUUCUAACAUGCAUGUUGGAGGCACAUUUAUUUUUCAGAAGCACUCAUUACUCUUCCAUUGGAUUGUGAAGUGGGGUUUACUACUUAAUUAUAAAUACUUUAUUUUUUAACUUUACAAAAUUUGUAACUUAUGUAUCUUCCUGGGAAUAUAGAUAUUGACUCUUUUAAGCCCUGAUCAUUAGCAGGGGUCAGAUGUACAGGGGAGAGCAAAAAUUUAUAUAUAUUUUCCCAGCUAACAGCUGAAAUGUCUAUUGUUUUGAGGGCCUGUUCUCUUUUUAAGAGACUAUGCUGUUCAUUAUGCAUCUCUCGUUUUAGUUCAUUGCAUAACAGUUCUCUUUAGUCUGUAUGCAAUAACAAGACAGAGGCAGCAUUAUUUAGUGGGGAGAGAGCUGGCUUGGGGGCCAGAAGCCCUGGGUUCCAGUCCUCCUGCCACAUACACACUGUGACCCUGGGCAGUUCACUUAACUUAACCUCUCAGUGCCUGGGGCAACUCCCUGACUGUUACUGAGUGGCAGUUCUGUAGAGGAAGAGAAUAGAGAGGGAGUUUCUGUGCUGGAAGCUUCCUAUGCCAAUGGAAUCAUCAGAGGUCUGGGCCCCAAACCCAACAAAUAAGCACCCCAAGAAAUAAGAUGAGAUUUAACUCUUUUCAGUUUAGGGAAAUAAUAAAAACCAGAACGAAUUUUCUGGACUAUUUGAGUUUUCAAGAAUUAAAAAUGUUAUUGAAGGGUUUUUGUUUUGACUAAUCGAGAAAAGCAACAGAGAUUUGCUAGUGUUAGGUUCUAAAAGUGCAAGCUUUCUCAGUAACACUUAACAAUGAAGCACUUUGAGUAACUGGUCAGAAAAGUAUGCCUCCCUCCAUGUCAAUGGGGUCCUGGAAGGUUUGCUUGGUUGGAGGGAGAUAGAGUGGUCUUGUUAGGUUUUAGAGUUUCAUUUGAUUUAUUGCUAGUUUUCAUUUGUCUGCUUUUCAGAUGUUGACCUUCAUCUGACUCUUAAGAUUAGAAACUGGUUGGGUAUUGGCAUUACUUCAAGCAAUUUUUCUCUUAUUGUCCCUCCUAACCCCCCCACCCCCAGUGGCCCCCCAAUCCUUUUGGUGCUUAGCGUCAAGAUGUUUUGAAAUUAUUCUUGAUCGGAAUAUUGUUUGUUUCUCAAAUAGCGAUGGCUUGAGAAAGCUAUCUGCAAUCUUAGAUCCCUUUCUGCCAGGGAAGGAGGGUAAAGAACAUCAGAGAGCUAUUGCUCCCUCGCCACGGUCAGUUCCUGCAUUGAACUGGCUUACAGUGACACCUUGUGGCCAUUUUAACCCUCUACAACAGGGCGGAUUUUCAGUUUCAAAAGUAAAGAUGCUGGGUCUUUCUGCCUUAAGGGGGAAACAAACGGAAAAAGCUGUCAAGGGGUUUCCCCUGACAUGAUUUUCCUGUCAAAAGUCGUUAAUUUUUAAGUUUAAAGAAGCCAAAAUAUGUCUGGCAUACCUCCUGGCAUAGACCUAUACUGAUGACCACUUUGUGUCAUCUCCUUAAAUGUACAAAUACAAGGCACUUAUUUUUAAGGUAUAAAUGCAUUCAUUUCAGUAUUUUUUUUUGGUAAAUAAUACAGUGCUGUUAUCUACCUGGUUACUUUUAGAUUAAAGGGUAUACUUUUGAUCUGGGGGGAGGGGGGCCUUUGGGACAAUAAGACAACCAGUGAUAUGCUGUUUGGAAAGAUAAAAGCUUGAUGUGUGCAACCCUUUUUGGACUCUUAUAAUCCUAAGUUGAUGUUGGUCUGUGGCCUGCCCUUCCUUUAACUUUCCAGUUUGGAAAUCAAGGGCCCUUGGCUUCACUGAAACUCUUUUCCUAGUGAGAUCUCCCAGAGCGAGUCAUUUGCACCAUUUUCUUUAGGCGAGAGCAUCCAACACUUUCUGGAGUUUGGGUUUGGCCCUCUGGGGCACGCAGCGCGGUCCCACGAAGGUGAUGUUGCAACUCAGAAGGCAUCCUUUUCCUUGAACCUUUUAAAUUAGUCUCUUGUCUUUCUGUAGGCACCAAAAUCGAAUGUCUGAGGUCUGUUCCCAAAUACAGUAGCAGUGAGGAUUUGUUUUUUGUUCUGAAAACAACUUUCAGAAAGCACACCCAUAGGUUGCAUUAUAGCUACCUGGGUUGAGAGAAAUGUGUGUGUGUGUGUGUGUGUAUGUGUGUGUACACACGCACACACAUACACACCCACCUCUAUAUAUAUAUAUACACACAUACACAUAUAUACAUACAUAUAUAUAUAUAUAUACACAUAUACAUAUAUAUUUGAAUGAGAUGCCGAGGUGGUUAACAAUCCUAUUAUGCCACACUGUGCCUUGGUAUUUUCAAGGCUCCUCUAGCAGUCCCUGUCUUGUACACUGACUGCAGUACCUGCCAAGGUUUGGCUGCAGCAGUUCCCCAGCCUUCGUUCUAAAUAGUUAGCACUCCUUUACUAACACCCUUGUACUGCUAUGCUUAGGUGUGGGCACCUGCAGAGCCCUGGGAUUUUCUUGCCUAUUUGCUCCUGUGUUCUGGUGCUGCUUUAGGGAGUUAGGGUCAAGUCAUGCCAUUGAGUGUCUAGUCCAGUAGGUGUGCAGUUGGCUUCUGUAUCUGCCUGUUUUCUCCUGGGAACAUGCUGCUAUGGGUAGAUGUUUACUCAGGUCUGUGGCACAAACCUGGUAACUUUCUGAAGCCCAUGAGAACCUGGGGAAGGGGUUGGGAGAGGAAGAGCAACGAAUAUUGGCUUUGUGUCUGCGGACACAAGGCUUAGAAAGGCUUAUAGUGCAAAGACUAACCCGUGCUUGUCAUCCCACGGCUUCCUGACCCGCAGGAGAGGCUUUCCCUUUCAUUCCAGAAACAGAAUGGAGCUCAGAACGAAUUUUCUUUGGCUGCCUUGCUUUCUCUGGUUUCUUGUUUUUCCUUCAUUUUGACCUGAACUCGACACUCUCCUCCAGCAGACCUUUCAGUUGGGAAGUCCUGUGUUUAAAUGAGAUUGUAUUGCAUUUCCUUUUUUUGUACAAUGUUUGAAAAUCUGUUAAAAAUGAACUUGUUUAUUUCAAAGCAAAACCCUGAAGGGCCAUAUUAAAACAGUUUAUUCUUGAUAGUUCUCUUUUGGGAGGAGUUUAUUUCCAAUGUAAAUGUCAUACUGCAAAGUUAAAUUAUAGUCUAUCAAUAAAAUGCAUGAAGUGGU